AUGCAAGACCAUGACCUCGAAGCCAUUGGCGUCGAUCCCAUUAUGCUACCAAUGUCGAAUCCUCCAGACUACAUUGCAUAUGCCAACAUGAUAGUCGAAGAAGGAGUCAAGAUUGUUGAGACGGCGGGGAAUAAUAUCAAGAAAGCUAUUGCCGUUUUCAAGAAAGGGGGAUGCCAGAUUCUGCAUAAGUGCACGACCAUAAAACAUGCUCUUUCGGCUGUGAAGCUUGGUGUCGACUUUCUCUCCAUCGAUGGAUUCGAGUGCGCGGGUCAUGUUGGAGAGACAGACAUUUCCAAUGUCGUCCUCUUGUUACAAGCGAGACAACAGCUCGGCGACGUUCCGUUCAUCGCCAGCGGUGGUUUUGCCGACGGACAAGGACUAGCCGGUGCGUUGGCUCUCGGCGCAUGUGGAAUCAACAUGGGUAAAAAAUUCAAUGUGCACUGUCGAAGCACCCGUUCAUUGGAAUGUCAAAGAGUCGAUAGUGGAAGCCAGCGAGAACGGUACGGAACUGAUCCUAAGGAGAUGGAAGAACACGAACCGGUUAUUUAAGAACAAGGUGACGGCUGAGGCGACGAGAAUCGAGAGGGAGAGUACCACGGGAAAGUUUGAAGAGGUGCUGCCUCUAGUCUCGGGGGCAGAGAGGGAGGCAGGUUUUCCUGAAUGGCGAUCCGGAUCAUGGGGUAGCUGUCAUACUCUGUUUGUGGAUGUCGCCGGAAACGCUGAUGGAUAUGACAGGUCUGGACUGUUGGUCUCUGCAUUGAUUUGA